GCAAAAUAUUGCCUUUCUCGUGUCGUGACGUCAAUUUUAUGAGCCGGAAGUAAACUAAUAAACUCCGAUGACUUUUCAUGAUCGACCAAAUAUCAAUUUAAAAUAUUCACAGCACGACAAGAUAUUGGGGAAAGUCUCCUUCCGAAACAGUAAAGGAUGCACGGUCGAGUGAAGAUUAAGUCAACUGCCCAGCAAGAGGAGGAGAAAAGAAAGGAACGGGAGAAGAAACUUAAGAUCUACACGGCGGCACGAGACGCCUGUUUUUCCAAGAGGAAGGAGGGCGUUCGUGACGCAGAGGCUCUCCACUUGACCCAGCAGCUGCUCUCUUCAAACCCUGACUUUGCAACCCUUUGGAAUUACAGAAGAGAGAUCCUCAUGCACCAGGAGACUGUCAAAGACGAGAGCGAAGUGCAAAAGAUGUAUCAGGCCGAGCUGUCUUUUCUGGAGUCUUGCCUGAAAGUCAACCCAAAGUCAUACGGCAGCUGGCACCACCGAAGCUGGGUCUCGGAACGGGCGCCUCAAAUGGACUGGGUUCGAGAGUUGAGCCUGUGCGACCGCUGCCUCAGCCUGGAUGACCGCAACUUUCACUGCUGGGAUUACCGCCGGAUCGUCGUGAAGAAAUCCGUCGUUCCCGUGGGAAAUGAGUUGGAGUUCACGGACCGACUCAUCGGCUCCAACUUUUCCAACUACUCCAGCUGGCAUUACCGCAGUACCCUGUUGCCGCUGCUCCACCCGCAGUCUCCCGAAGCCGCGCCCCCGUCGGGCUCCUCGCCGCCCUCGCCGCAGACUCACUCGCAUCGCGUCUGUGAAGAGCAGCUGCUCAAAGAAUAUGAGCUUGUGCAGAACGCUUUCUUCACCGACCCCAACGAUCAAAGUGCUUGGUUCUACUAUCGGUGGCUGCUUGGCAGAGCCGAACGUGAAGAGAUGAUAAGUUGUGUUUUCAUCAGCCGGGAAGACGAGAGGGUAGCUGUCGGCUUUUCAAGGCCAGUCAAUGCACAGUCCGGUGGCCUUCUGCUGGUUCUCGACGGCCAGCCGCAGCAAGUGGAGUGGAGGAGUGUCCACCCACGAUUUAAACACAGUCCAGUCUGGAUAUGCCAUCUUCCCCCCGGAUCCAUCAGUGACAUCGCCAAUGAGCAGAAUGUGACAGUGCACUGGUCCGAAAAACACGCUCGUCGGGACUGCGCGCUGUACACAGGACGAAGUGAGAGUUGGUGUCGCGAUUCUGCCACAGAUCAGGAACUCUUCAGGAGUGAGCUCUCUGUUGAGAAGAGCUCCGUGCUGCAGUCUGAGCUGCAAUCAUGUAACCAGCUGCUAGAACUGGAGCCGCACAAUAAGUGGUGCUUGCUGACCAUCAUCCUACUGAUGAGGGCGCUAGACCCCCUAGGCUACGAGAAGGAGACCCUCGCUCAUUUCCAAACUCUCAAAGUAGUGGACUCCAUGCGCUCAUCCUAUUACAGCGACCUGUGCAGCAAGUUUAUGAUCGAAAACACCAUUUUGAAAAUGGAGUACGCUGAAGUGCGCGUCUUCAGCGUCGCCAACAAGAACCUGACCACCUUGUGCCAUUUGGACCAGCUGCUCCUCAUCACUCACAUCAAUCUGUCCUCUAACCAGCUGCGACGCAUCGCCGCUCACUUCUCCAUGUUGCAGUGCUUGGAGGUGUUGGAGGCUGAUAACAACUCCAUAGAAAAUUUGGAAGGUGUCUACUGCCUACCCAAGCUGGAAGAGGUCCUCUUGAAGAACAACUACAUCUCCACUCUGGCGGCGCUCCGGCCGCUCGCCUCCUGCCCCAAGCUGCGGCGCCUCGAUCUCCGCGGCAACCCCGUCGCUCAGAGCGCCGACGUCGAGUCGCAUCUUGCCGAGCUCCUGCCUUCCGUGGCGUGUCUCCUGCUCUGAUGUGCCGACAGCGGGAGUGGGGCCGUCACUCAAGGACGACGCCGCUGCCGCCGGCCUGUUUGUGAAGGAGUGAGUGGGUGAUUUCUUGUAUUUUUUUCCCCAAGGUGUGCUGCCACUUCCACUUGUUUGGGGGGAAUUCAAUCAAAACAGCCCCCACUCAUCUGAAAGCCUUUGAAGGUGCAUAUUAAAACAUCUUUAAUGAAAGGUU